CUUUUAUAGGGCAUAAGUUACUUCCCGUUAGACUCUGAAAUAAAUUAUCAAUGUUUUGUUACAAAGGUGAUAGAUUUAGAGUGAAUUUUGAAUCAUUUUUUGAAAAUUAACUAAAACAAAGGUUCUUGAUCUGACACAGCAUACCAAAGAAGAUGGCGCUGAGCUUAGAUGAUCGUAUUCUUGGAGAGAAGGUGGACAACUAUUGUAGCAGUGAUGAAGGCGAACAAGAGGAGGAGGACAAACCUCAAAGAGAAAUGGAACCAAAGGCUUCAAGCAUUCCAGAACCUCAACUGAAGGACUACAGCAAGUUCUCUACAAAUACAGGACCUAAGGGUGUGAUCAAUGACUGGCGAGAGUUCAAGAGGCUGGAAACGGAGAGGCGAGCAGAGCAGGAGAAAGAGAAACAAGCUCUGGCCAAAAAACUUUCAAUGACAUGUCGAUCUCAUUUAGAUGAUGAACGAGAGAAGGAAAAUGACGACAAGUUGUUACAGGAAUUGGAGAGUUUUGAAGAUGAAUUUUUAAAAGAAUACAGACAAAAGAGGAUCGAAGAAAUGAGAAUAGCAUUACAAAAUGUGCCAAAGUUUGGUAGAGUGGUUGAAUUGAGCUCAGCCAAUUUUGUGGAUGAAAUUGAUAAGGAGAAGCCCCAAGUCACCAUUAUUAUCCAUCUGUAUGAAAAUAAUGUUGAGGCAUGUGAAGCCAUGAAUGGCUGCUUAAGCUGUCUUGCCCAGGAAUAUCCAACGGUCAAGUUCUGUAAGAUCAGGGCAUCUGAUACUAGUCUCAGUCACAAGUUUUCCACCAGUGGGGUACCUGCCUUAUUGAUCUACAAAGGGGGAGAACUGAUAGGAAACUUUGUCCGACUUUCUGAUGAACUAGGGGAGGAUUUUUAUGUCACCGAUAUAGAGGGCUUCCUACAUGAACACAGCUUGCUUCCUCAGCCUGACUUAAACAGCAAAAUUAUUUACGAUCGAAUCACUGGGGAAAAGCGUGCUCCAACGGCUCAGGACGAGGACAGUGGUAGCGACUUUGAUGUCGACUAACAGGCUCUCAAAUAUUAUGACCAAAUACACUAUGUCAAUUUCUGCUCUCUGGAUUGUGUUCAAACCUUUUUCUGAUUUUUCUACAAGAAUUAUUUUCAUUGUAAGUUAUUUGUAGUUCAUUAAAAAAAAAUAGUUUAAUUUUUCUAAUAAUAUGUUUAUCCAAGUACAGGUAUAUUUACAUGUGUAUAGGACAUAUGGCAUUUACACUUUUGAGUGGUUUUCAAAUAUUUUGAUUUUCGUUAAAAUUUUAUAUGCCGUACUUGUUUUGCAAAUGCUUUGAUUUCAAUGAAUUGACAGCAGUGAAUAAAAAUAUAUCAUUUAUUUCAUUUUUUUUUCAGCAGUGAUAACUAAUACACAUAGAUUGCAAGAUGUUGGAAAAUAUUAAAUUAAAAUGUGAUUGUUAUAUGUUUAAACACAAAAUGAAAUUGAUUUUCAAACGAACUAUUAAAUUGAUUUGAGUUUUAUUUUUUGUCAACAUAUUUAGAAUAACAUUACAUUUGCAUUUAUUUUCUUACGAUUCAUGCAACUCUCUUUUGAUAACCUAUUUUUGUCGUGUCUAUUUUAUAGGAUUAUUAGGGAUAUAUAUGUAACUGUACACAUAUGUGCAAUAUUUUCUAAUAAAUUUUUUCCUCGAAGUCUUAAUGU